GGGAAACUGAGUUCACGUCGUGAAUAAUUCAGGCUCCCGUUUCCCCUUCUCCUUCACAGCUAACAAGAUGCCGGCCGUUCAUCACAAACUGCUUUUGGAGGACGCUUUGCACGACAGUCCGCAGACUCGCUCUCUGCUCAGUGUUUUUGAGGAGGAUGCCCUGAAUCUCACAGACUACACCAACAAGCUUCUCCAAACCAUGCAGAGAGUCUUUGGAGCUCAGAGUGAGAUGGGGCUGGCCACAGAACAACUUGCUCAGCAGCUUCUGGACUAUGAGAAAAAGAACUUUGCCCUUGGAAAAGGCGACGAGGAGGUAAUCACCACGCUACAGAGCUUCGCCAAAACUGUCGGGGAGCUGAACUCGCUCCAUUCGGAGUUAGCCAACCAGAUGGCUGACAAUAUGGUGUUUCCCCUCAUCCAGUUUAGAGAGAAGGACCUCACAGAGAUCAGCACUCUAAAGGAAAUCUACAGCAUUGCCACAGAUGAGCAUGAAGCAGCUAUGGUCAAAUACAGCCGGCUGCCCAAGAAGAGGGAGAAUGAGAAGAUGAAGACGGACUUAAUUAAGGAAGUGGCCUAUACCCGAAGGAAGCAGCACCAGUCUUCCUUGCAGUAUUACUGUGCAUUAAACGCUCUCCAGUACAGGAAGAGAGUGGCCAUGCUGGAACCAAUGCUGGGGUACACACAAGCACAGAUCAACUUCUUCAAAAAAGGAAUCGAGCUGGUGUCAAAGAAGAUGGACAACUUUCUCACCUCAGUGUCCAAAAUGACACAAAGUAUUCAGUCUCAGCUGGACAGUGAAGCAGAAGCCAUGAGGGGCUCUCAGAGGGAGCUGCUCUCUGUAGACGACAGUGUGUACACUCCAGACCACGACCAGCAAUCUGUGAACAGAACUCUCAUCCAGAAGGCUGGCUACCUCAACAUCAGGAAUAAGACAGGUCUGGUGACCACAGCCUGGGACCGCCUGUACUUUUUCACCCAGGGAGGGAAUCUGAUGUGCCAACCACGGGGAGCAGUGGCAGGGGGCAUGGUCCUGGAUCUGGACAACAGUUCUGUGAUGGCUGUGGAGUGUGAGGACAGAAGAUACUGUUUUCAAAUCACCUCCUCCACCGGGAAAACAUCAAUGAUACUUCAGGCUGAGAGCAAAAAGGAGUAUGAGGAGUGGAUCUGUACAGUGAACAACAUCUCACGACAGAUUUACCUGACAGACAACCCAGAGGCUGUGGCCAUCAGGCUGAACCAAACUGCCAUCCAGGCUGUCACCCCAAUCACCAGCUUCGAGAAGAGGCAGGAGGGUGCCCCCAACCCAGACAGAGCUAAACCAGGAGGAGUUCAUGUAACUGGAGGCACUCAGAAGUCUGCUCCAGAGCCUGAGGAUCUCAUCGCUCCAGGGACGCCCAUCCAGUUUGACAUCACCCUCCCUGCCUCAGAGUUCAUGGAUCAGAACAGAGGAGGAAGACGCACAAAUCCUUUUGGAGAAACCGGUGAAGAGUGUCUGACAGAAAGUGAUGACUCCUUGCUGCAGCAGGUUUUUGAGGUGCGUUUCUUGGGCUCGAUGGCGGUGCGCUGUGGGAACAACCAGGAAGUGAUCUAUGAGGCCAUGAGACAGGUGCUCGCCGCCCGUGCCAUCCACAACAUCUUCAGGACCACAGAGUCGCACCUCAUGGUCACCAGCAAUGACAUCAGGUUAAUCGACCCUCAGACACAAGUGAAUAAAAUAACUUUCCAGCUCGGUGAUGUGACCCAGUUCGCGGCGCACCAGGAGAACGGGCGCCUGAUGGGCUUCGUGGUGGAGGGCAGAGACUGGAGCGAAGGGGAGGAGGAGGGCCAGCCUGCCUUUAGUGCUUAUAUCUUUGAGAGCAACACAGAAGGGGAGAAGGUGUGCUAUACCAUUAAUUUGGCGAAGGAUAUAACAGAAGCAAAGAAGGACCCAGAGGCGCUGGCCCAGCUGAUGAAGAACAUGCCUUUAACAAAUGACGGAAAAUUCCUCUUACUGGAAUCAGAGACUGGAAAUGAACCGGAGAGAGCCGCUCAAGAAGACCUGGAAUCUGAGGCUUAGUCCUACUCCCAAGACCAAACUAAGUCCUAACCUCUCCUAACCCUAAACCUAAACCUGGAUGAGGCUUUCCCUGGUGUAACCUGUAGCCCUCACUGUGGUACUCAAACAUCUGCAAUCAGGACUCCACAGUCCUGAUUGCAGAUGUUUGAGUACCACAGUUCAAUUCUGUGCAAUGAAAUCUACAACUUCUUAGAGAUAAAAUAAGCUUUUUUUGGACAUCAUUUUAACCUCUGUCAUUUUCCAAGUAUAGACCAGAAGUUCAAGCUAAACUCACACUCGAAUUAGCCCUUAGUUUGUGCAAUACUGACUCUUUAUUGGGAAUACCAGUCUGUCGCCAAUAAAUACUCCAACAUUUUCUUAUUUUAAUGAUGUCCAAAAUCAGGUGGGUAGCCAAAAAUUGUACUCAAGUAAGAGUAACAUUACUUCAAAAUACUAUUACUCAAGUUAAAGUAGAAAAUGGUGGUAUUACUCAACUAAGAUGAAUUUAAAGAGUAACUGUAGGGACCUAACAUCUGAUAUAUAAUUUGACUUUAGUGUACUUGGAAACAACAACAUAUGAAAUAAUGCACAGAAUCUGGUAUUUUCAAAAGAUAAACACAAAAACUAGACAAACUAAAUCAUAUCUGAAAGAGUGCUGCAAGAAACCCAAAUGUUCAGAUUAUUUCAUAUUGUCAAACAUAAAGCUUUUGUCACUUGUAGACUUGAGUAAAAGUUGUGCUUCCUCUUCCCAAAUAAAAGUACUCUGAAAAGUACAGUUUCUUUUUAAAAACUUACAAGUCUGAGCACUACCCACCUCUUAAAAUCAUUCUAUAUAUGUUAAAAAAAAAAAAAUUGCCAGGGAUAUAAAGAACUACAAUGAACAUGUUAUAUUCCAAAUGCUUUUCCAUUUCGCCUUCUUUUUAAUUCAGAAAUGAGUCUAAGUGCCCUGCACUGAUAUAGACCACUGCUUAGUCCUGGUUUAGUGUGUACGAAAUCAGUUUGUGGUGUUGAUAGAGUGGGUUCACAGGACAUCACAACACUGUUAAGUGCACAUCAUUUAAAACCAAUCAGUGAUAAUUCAGUGAGACGAUUUACUGUUUAACUGUCAAUUUCAAUGAGGAAGAGAAAAGACACACAGACCCAUCUUAAAGCAAAGCAUUUAAGUUGUGAGGACCAAUUUGUUUCUUCAGAAGCUGUCAGUUUCAGACAUUUUUAUGCUUGUGUGGUUUAUAUUUUCCAAUUACUGAGUCUGAAAUGAAAACUAUCUUAAAAGUUCAACCCCUUUUCUGUCAACACAAAUGAGUGUGGACUUACUUCUCAAUAACAAAUUCUGAAGUUUAACAUGGAUUUCCUUUUUGGCUGAUUCACUGCUACAGAUAGAAAUGACCAUAGAGUUACACAGACCCUUGCCCUAAACCUGAAAUUAAGAUCAAACUCAAACGUGAAUGCAAAACAUAAAUCAUAGCUUAAAGUGGGAAACACUUAAACUCCGCCUACAACUGCAUUGCAAAUAGAGCAGCUUCAAACCCCUCCCCUGCAGCCAGGUCUUUAUGACCUGCUUUAGUGAGGGCAGCUCUGUGUGAUGUUACAUAGUCCUUGAAAUAGCAGUGGCCACUGGAGGCAACACUGACUGUUUUUGAACACACAUUCGCCCAUGUACCUAGUUUGCAAUUGACAUAAAAAAAGGUCUAGGUCUAGACAAUCAUUUUAAAACACCAUGUACAGUUUGGUAGCAAAAACGUUGAUUUAGUGUUUAGUUCCACUUUAACCCAAGUUAAACCAGGUCCAAGAUCUUACUCACUUUAAAAGUAGUUUAUUUAAGACCUGAUAUAGUGCAGCUAAUUAAACAAUUGCAUUUUGAUUGCAGAAUUUGAGAAAUACCGUCAUUUGAUUGGCUUUUGGAGGCCAUAUUGUAGCACUGUUUGAAGGACUUGGUUGUGAUCUUGUUUGGAAAGGGAGAAGACAAAGCGUGUAGUCAUGUGUCUAAAGAUGUGUUUUGCCUAAUUUUAGGUUUACAGUUAUUUUAAGUUGACAGUUUAUUAUGCAUUUGUUAUUUCAUAAUCUUAAAACUGUGGACAUUUGAGGUCAUUCUUUAAUCUUUGUUUUACGGCUCUGAAGAAUUCAUGGACUGGUGGCAAAUGUUGAGUAGGAAAACACUAUUAGGCCUAGUUUAGACCUGCUUUAGUUUUUGUUCAUAUUGUUUAUCCUGACUAAGUCCUUGUCAGACUUGUUUUUGCUAUUUGGGUUAUAUUUGAAAAUGUGUAAACCAUUUCCUAGUCCUAGAUCCUUCCUUUACACUUUGCUCCACAGGUCUAACCUGUAAGUUGGCCUGGUUGCAUCACCUGCUUGUCUCCAGGGAGAAAGAAGCCUUAAUGUUAUACAGUGGAACAUUCCAAGUAAAGCAACAGCAUCUUCUACAAAGUUACACAGUGCACUUUAAAGUUUAACACCAGGAAUGAUAAGACCCUUGUCACUAUAAAAAAUUAAUUAACAUUUUAAUGCUCCUUCCUCUCUGAGUGAAUUAUGCAUUGUACUUAUUGUGCGACAUAGCCCUCCACAUUUGAAUGCCACUGUCUAAGGCGUCCAGAUGUUCAAAUUAAAAUGUGCUCUUAGUAGCUUCUGUAAAUAUCUUGUGUUUUAUGUUUAAUCAGUUCCUCUCCUCUCCACUCUCUUUGAGCACUCAAACUAAGCCCUACAAGAAAUAUGACAGCAACAAUUAAAGACAUUAUAGAAGAACUUAUUGCUUGGACUAAUCUUGUGCUCAUAAAAGCAAAUUAAAAGCGCAUAGUGAUGGAUGAGUGGGAUAUUGCCAUUGUCACUCACUGCUACUGCACAUCCUGUUCUGCUUUAGCCUAAAUAGCAAUAAGCGCUAAUCCUUAUCCACAACAACUGUAAUCAGGUGGGUUAGAUGGGCUGCAUUUACAUGUAAUGUAUGUCUAAAUAUGGUUGCCUCUAAGUGAUAUACAAAAUGCAGUAUGGUGGAUUAAAACUACUAGAAAUGGACACUAAUCCCUAAGUGACAACAGGAUGUAAAGUAUUGAGUUGUAUUUACUUGUAAUUCCAAAUACUUGUACUUUGAAAGAGUAGUUUAUAUCUAAGCAUGGUUGCCUCAAAACUAUACACUAGUACUAGAUUUUUAAAUCUAGUACUUCAAAUGCUGUACUUCAUAAUAAUGUACUCCAACUUGGCUAUCCAAAAAAAGAAAGCAAAGAAUCUCAGUACUAUUUCCCCCCAACGUUUUUCUCUCAAACUGCAUGAUCAUGUAAUAAUUUUGUCUGUUUUGAAAUGGCUAGUUUUGGUACUUCUGCAUACUGGUUGUGUAUUGUAAAAUAUACUCUACUCUCUGUAAUAUACUAAGGGUUGCAUCAUUCUUAAGUUUAAGUUGAACAAGACCACUGCCUAACAAUGCAUUGCAUUUAUUGUCAUUUUCUAAAAUCUUAAUUAAAAAUCAGUUUUCAUUUUU